AGUGGCAAUAAGGUAAAUAACAAUGGCGGAUGCCAGUCUCAAUUAGUCUGAACACAAUUUUAUUUCGCUGCCUGUACUCUGUUUAAAGUAAAGGGCACCAACAUGGACCGAGAAAGUAAGGAUGGGAAAAAGAAGGGGAAGAGAAACAAGGUUGGCCUUGUCAAUGAUAGUUUUGAACUAGAACCUGCAUCUAAUUCUGUUAGAAACAAAGUGAGUCCAUUUUUAAACAACAUUAGAGAUGUACAAUCUAAAAACAAUAAUACAAGGUCCAAAGCUUUACAAAACCUUAUUGAUGUAAGGAUAACUGCCUCAAAAUGGAGGGAUUUUGUUAAUAGAAAAAGAAAAAGGAAAAAGAACAAUCCAUGUGGAUUUGAUGAGCAUGACAGUAGGCAGAAACCUGGUGCUGCUGUGGGUGAAGCUGAAAAUGCUGCAGACAAACGGGGAACCAUCGGCGGCCUUGGUCUCGAUGAUAUACAUGAAGACUUUGUCAGUGGGAACCAAAAGUUAUUCGGGGAUAAGCUCACUUCAAAGUCUAUGUCGAGCGCAAGUAAUCGUGCGUUACUCCAAUAUUUCGCCAAAUUAGGAAAAUCACAAAAAGACGAUGAGGUCGUGGAUUUAGAUUUUGUUGAGACGUUAGUAACCAGUGGUGCUGAUAUAAAUUGUACAGACAGACAUGGACAGACCCUUCUUCAUGAGGUUGCAAGUAAAUGGCAUACUGAUGUUGCCAAGUUUUUGAUAGACAUGGAUGCAGACGUGAACAAGGCGGACAAUUUCGGCAGAACACCUCUCCAUGUUGCAGCUGCUGAUAACUAUCCAGACAUGAUCAAUGUGUUGAUUGAUGCAGGAGCUGACAAAGAAGCUCUUACUGCUGGAGAACGACAAACACCUGUACACUACGCAGCUAGAAAUGACGCCACAGAUGCUCUUAAAACCCUCAUUAAACGUCAUUGUAAAUACAAGAUGGUGAGGGACUACAAGGGGAGAACACCCUUACAUGUUGCAGCUGAACUAGAUCGCAGUGAGACAGCACGGUUGUUGUUAGAUUUAGAGGCACCUGCUGGUGUCACUGAUUUGAAGGGGCAAUCUGUAAUAACCUGGAUGAUCACUAAAAUGCCUCCUGUUGCUGCUGAGGCCAUUCAACAGUUCCACUUGAAGGAUCGUCCUAACAGAAAACAAUACUUCUACCUUAAUCUACUCACACAUGAUAGAGUUAAAGAUCCAAAAUUCUACACACAGAUGCCAUUACAAGUUGCUGUCAAGUAUAAACAGUAUGACAUUUUGACACAGUCAGUUAUGCUUACACUGACCAGGAUCAUGUGGGAGAAAUUUGCAAGAUGGCGUGCAUACGGGUCAUUGUUGUUUAAUUUUGUGUACAUCAUGUUAUGGACAGUUUACGGAGUUACGAUAGAGUACGAUGAGCGCCAUCUAUAUAAACUUCCGGAACAUUGGUGGAGGAUUGUUCUAUUGGCUGCUGCUGUUGGGAUUACAAUGUGGCAGGUCAUAGAUGAGAUCAGAGAAUACUGGAGAUCUAAAGAAAGUGACAUAGAAAUGAAGGCUAUAGAUCCUAUCAUGGCUGACAUUUUGGUUGGUACCUGGCUGUUCUUGUCUGCGGUUCUCUGCCUGAACCUUCUUAUUGCUUUGUUUUCUGAUACAUUCCAAAGAGUAUAUGAUAAUGCACGUGCCAAUGCGGUAAUGCAGAAAGCUGUCAUGAUUUUGUCAUUCUGGGAAGGUAUGAGUCCCGAAACACGUAAUAAAUUCCUCGAUCAUAUAUCAAAUACCUGUGCACCGUUCAAGGAGUACUACGAUGAUGAUAUGACAGAAAGUGAUGACGCUGAUCUGAAGAAAGUAACAAUACAAAUAAAGGAACAACUAGAUGAAAUGAAAGAAAAGUGGGAUGAUCAGUUUGGAUCCGGGGAUGACAAAACGGCUCUG